AAUUUGGAAAUAUAAUAUGUUCGGAUUAGUUUUGCUGAUGUUGCUUUUGCACAAGUGCUCGUCAUCGCUCAAUAAAAUCUGCUUUUAUCGUGAAGAUGAAGGUUCUGGAAAUCACCCACUGGAAAAGUAUUAUUAUAAUGCGACUAUUGGAGAGUGUAUGACAUUCACCUACUAUGGAGAUGGAGGAAACGAUAAUAACUUUUUUGCAAAAGACGUAUGUGAACAAACGUGUAAUUCAAGUGGCAUAUUCGAUAGACGCAACUGCCAAAAACCUCACAGCCGAGGUUUUUGUUUUGAACAUACGUACAACUUCUAUUAUGAUCCAGAGUCGAAAAGAUGUGAAAACUUCGCAUGGCUCGAAUGUGGCACGAAUGAAAAUAACUUCAAGAGUUACGAGGAAUGCGAAGCGAAAUGCGGAUCAGCGUAUGUUUUUUUUAUAUAUUUUUAUCAUUGA